GAACCAACACUCUGGAUAAGGACCAUGCUAAAGAGUACAAGAAAGUUCGGAGUGAGAUCAAGAAGAAGUCUUUAGACACUCUGAAGCUACAGAAGAAGGCAAAGAAAGCUGAUGCCUUGGGUCGAGGAGACGUCCAGCCCCAGCUGAACAGUGCCAUGCAGGACGUCAGUGAUAAAUACCUGCUGCUGGAGGAGACGGAGAAACAGGCCGUCAGGAAGGCCCUCGUCGAGGAGAGGAGCAGGUUAUGCACCUUCGUCUCCAUGCUACGACCUGUCGUGGAUGAGGAGAUCUCCAUGCUAGGAGAGGUCACCCACCUCCAGACCAUAUCUGACGACCUCAAGAUGCUGACCAUGGACCCUCACAAGCUGCCCCCCGCCAGCGAACAGGUACCGUAUCCCUGAC